AUGUCCACCACGACCACAGUCACCGAAUCCGCGCCCAUCACGGCCGAGAGCAUCCUGCGCCUGUUCCCCGAGAUUGACACCGCCUCCGUGGCGCUCGAGGGUCACGAUGAAGAGCAGAUCCGGCUGAUGGACGAGGUCUGCAUCGUCCUGGACGAGGAUGACAAGCCAAUCGGGACCGCGAGCAAGAAGCUGUGCCACCUGAUGACCAACAUCGAUAAGGGCUUGCUUCACCGCGCAUUCUCCGUGUUCCUGUUUGACGACCAGAACCGAUUGCUCCUCCAGCAGCGCGCUUCCGAGAAGAUCACGUUCCCCGACAUGUGGACAAACACCUGCUGCUCGCACCCGCUGAGCAUCCCCGGCGAGACUGGCUCGACCUUGCCCGAGUCCGUCGAGGGCGUCAAGCGUGCGGCGCAGCGCAAACUCGACCACGAGCUGGGCAUCAAGAAGGAGCAGGUCCCCAUCGAGAACUUCCGAUUUCUGACCCGCAUCCACUACAAGGCGCCCAGCGACGGCCAAUGGGGCGAGCACGAGAGUAAGCCGGCCGACUCCCAUAUCCCCGAAGUCGACUACAUCUUGUUCAUCAAGGCCAACGUCGACCUGGACAUCAACAAGAACGAAGUCCAGGAUACCAAAUACGUGUCGCCCGAGGACCUGAAGAGCCUGUUUGCCGACCCCAAACUCAAGUUCACGCCGUGGUUCAAGCUGAUCUGCGAGUCUAUGCUCUUUGAGUGGUGGGCGCACCUGGACUCAGGCCUCGAGAGGUACCUCGACGAGCAGGAAAUCCGCCGCAUGUAA